GGACCCAUGGCGCCCAAGAAGAAGCGCGGGCAGAGCGCGGCUGCCGAGGUCGCGGAGCCUCGCCUGUCGGAGCGUGCGCAGUACCUGCAGCGCGAGUACCGGCUGCUCUCGGAGCAGCUGCGCACCUGCGAGGAGCGCGUGGACCGGGUGCUGCGCGAGAACGCCUUCCUCGACUGCGAGGCGCUGCGCCUGCGCGAAGAGAACCGGCUCUACGCCAGCUACGUGAGCGCGCGCGCGCAACGCUGCGCCAACGCCGUCGUCGGGCUAGAGGAGCAGAACCGCACGGACCUGACGCAGAUCCACUGGCAGCGGGCCGACCUGGAGUCGCUCUACCACGGGCGCGAGGACGGGGUGCGCGCGCAGCUGCUGGAGAUGGAGGCGCGCGCAGCCCAGAUGGCGCGGCGAGUGCAGGAGCUACAGCCCUACAAGGCCAGUCAUCACUGCUCAUCAGGCUGGUGUUGUGGGGGUUUCCCUGUCACUGGUGGCCUGGAGCUCUUCCCCAAGAUCUCUAAGCCAGAGAUCAGAACAAGCCCACUCGCAGCCAUGUCCCCUGCCAAAAAAGAGCCACUGACCCCGUUCAGCUUCCAGUCAUCUCAGCAGGGGUAG